AUGUGGGGACUGGUAUUCUACUGGUUGUUCGACCUAGCGCCUCAUCUCUUCUGGGGUUCUGACAGUAGCCUUGGAGAUUCUGUCAAUAAUGCGAGCUCGAGCGCUUGCGCUCGCAUUGCAUCACGAAUUCCGCUAUUUCAAGAAGACCGAUUCUUGAUUGAAAAGAUACCUUUAAAAGCACGAGAACUCGCCUAUUACUCACCUAACAUUCUUCAACAGUAUGUUCCUUUGAUCGGACCCAUGGCUGCUUAUGUUGGUACUCACUAUCACUGGAUUACUGUAUACACAAAUGUCUUCGCAUUAGUUGCCCAUAUUGGAGAAAGUCUCUAUGCUUUGUAUUUGUGCAUGAAGCUGAAGUUCAGUAUGUCAUGUUCAGCAAGCUGGUUCGUGCAGACGUUCCUCCUAGGAUUUCCAUCGCUUAACAUACUUAGUAAUUUUGCAUCAAAAACGAAAAGAAAACGUUGA